AAGACCGUUACGAAGUACGACCAUAUAUAUAUACAUUAUUUUUUUAAGUAUAAAUGGGAAUACCAACAGUAGGUCUAUUUAAUUAACAUCAUAAUAUUCUACAGGAGCGUAUCCAGAAAUUGAGGACGCCUGUGUACACCCGUGGCCGUGAUAUAAUGAGUCUUGACGUCAGCUACGAGUUGGAAGAGGACCAGGAAGUUGAUGACAUCACUAGGAAAGGGCGCCAUGUGCGGAGCUUCCAGGUUGAACUAACCAACUGCCACUAUGACACGUACCAGCCCGGCCAGCUAGUCGAGGGUCACGUCGUACUAGACAUUGAUACUCCUCUCUACAUCAGGGGUGUGGUCUUGCGAUACUGCGGCACGACCGAUAUUUACUGGACGGAGCGGCGGCUCGGAAGCUCCACCAAGUGUGUGGACACUGUGGCCUUCGAUGCGCAUGAGGAAUACUUCCACGUGCGGGAGCCACUCCUCCAACCAGGUGACGUGGUGGCGGGGGAGACGCGGCUGCCGUUCCGGUUCCGCCUAGCGCCGCCGUUGCCUGAGAACUUUGAGGACAAUCUGUGUCGGAUUGAGUACUUUGUGGAGGCGACCCUGAAACUCGACAACAACGCUGUCCAUAACCGUAGCGACCGCAAGGCCAUUCUUGUUUCUGACCCCACCGACCUCAACAAGAUUAUUAUUCCGGAUGUUACGUAUCCGGUGCGUGCCCAGAAAACAUUCCAGCCGCGGCAGUGCUUAUGCUGCUGUUGGCGGCAUGAGCCCAUCGUGGCCUUCCUGCGGCUCGUGCGGGCCGGGUACGCUCCCGGGGAGACAGUGCACGUGCAGGCGGACGUAGAGAACAAUUCAACCUUGCAUAUCAGUGACGUCAAGUUUGUAUUGUAUGAGGAAAGAGUGUACAAAACCAAGUUUAAGACGCAUGUACAGCGUGACGACAUCACGUGGGUGUCUGGAGGUUCCGUGAAGCCGUGUGCCAGCCGGGAGUGGCCAGACGUUCCCCUCCUCAUCCCCAAAUACCAGAUGUUCAACGUCACUGCCAGCAAUAUAUUCACCAUUAGACACAGACUUGAGAUGGUGGUGCUGAAAGGUCGGCUUGUAGUGACGGUGGAAGUGGUGCUAGGGGCCGUGCCGCUCUCCAACAGGGACGUCCACGCCCCACCCCUCGCCCGCGUGCGCGCACAGGGGCCACAGGGUCAGGUAGAUACGGUGGCGCAGUUUCACAGGCGAACAUCCGGGCAAGAGUCAAGAGGAGUUGGUCGAGCCACGUCCACGAACGACUCCGGCCGACAACGUCGUAAAGACCGUAACAGACGUGUAUACCCUGACGACGUCAUAGACUCUAAAAUGUACACCGAACACAUCAAAUUGAAACAAAAUUCAUUGAGGCCGCCGUUUCAUGACUUUCAAGGAUAAGUGUACUGUCAACACAAAAUAGUGUAACGUAAUUGAAAUUCUAACCCAUUACCCUCCUUCCUGGAUGUGUCCGUUGCGUUUUUACAAGCACUGAUCUUCUUUAUUUAAUCACGUCUAUGUUCAUCACUCCGCUUAGCUCCUCUGUUUUGAUUUUUAAAGAAAAAGUCGAGAUAUUGCCAUAGUCCUAGUGUCGUCGUCGAAGCUUGAGUUCGAUCGCCACCAAGGGUACCAGGGAAACCUUGGGAACCACGGGUAACAGGGAAACCUGGGGCACCAGGGGCCCCAAGGGUACCAGGGAAACAUCGGGUACCAGGGGAACCAAGGGUACCAGGGAAACCUGGGGUAUCAGGGGAACCAAGGGUACCAGGGAAACCUGGGGUAUCAGGGGAACCAAGGGUACCAAGGGAUCCAGGGGAACCAAGGCACUUGUUAACCUGGGAUUCCAGUGGUUCUAGGGUUACCAAAGGUUCCAGGGGAACCAAGGGUACCAGGGCUACCAGGGUUACCAGUGGAACCAAGGGUACCUGGGCUACCAGGAGAACCAGCGGUACCAGGGAUAACAGUGUAACCAGCCCUGAUAGGCACGGGGUACCAUGGGAACUAACGGAAACAGCGGGAAGUAGCUGUACCAGGGCUACCAGGGAAACCAAGCCAAGGGUAUCAGAGAACCAGGGCAAAAGGGGAACAAGGGUUACAUUGGGAACCAGCGGUACCAGGGGGACUAGGUAACAAGGUUCAUAGGGUACCAAGCGAACCAGAGAUACCAGGAGAAGCAAGCAAAGUGUACCAGGGGAACCAGCCGUACCAAUGGAACCAAGCCAAGGGUACAAGGGGAACCUAGCAUUUACUUACAGAUAUAUCAAUACUAGAAAUAACUGGAAAUGUAAACACCAAUGAGAACAUGAAUUACAACAUACCGCUCUUACCUAUUUUGUCUAAGAAUAACCAAAUUCACAUGCACCCAAGCCAAAAAUCAAACCCGGGUCGCCUUGGUGGGGAGCGAGUGCUCUUAGCACUGCGCAAACAGGACUAAAGUAUUGCUUUUGACGUAACGGUUCCAGGAACGAGUAUUAAUUAUCCUGACUUAGAACUGGAAAUUAGAAAGUCUAUUUCCUGCUAUACAGCAAUUGCCAAGCCCAUAAAAAUAAUUGUGUGAUGCUAUUUCUGGACAAUAAAAUGAAAUUGUGCUAAAACUUGAAUAAUUGUCACUAGAAUGAGGUUUAAACUACUUGUUCCGUUGCUGUAAUCAAAGCGUGCUUUCGGGGCAGAAAUGAUAUGUUUAGAUAUAUGUGUCAGUGCCAUAAAUAUAAUUUAAAUAUAUCAAGGAUAUAUAACUCUGACAGUUUAGGGCAAAAAUUAGAAUAAAUACAGAAAAAUGUCUAUUUACACAACAAAUUGACUUCUGUAUCUAUUUAUUUCGGUGUGCAUUAUAUUUUUCAUAUCACAUAACUUUUUGAUGUGCACUUGGGUUUGUUUAUUGUGUAAAGUCGAUCGACAGCUGUAUGUUCUGCACUUGAUUUAAAAGGCGCUUCAAAACCUUGGAAUGGUAGGUUCAUUUACCAACAGUUGAAGUACACACGAUAGAAGCAAGGCUCAUCGCCCUGCAAUUGACUUCAAUUAUUGUCGAGUUGAAUUUAAAAUUAAGUUGUAACUUAGAUGUUUUGUGUACGUUUUGCCAACGAACAAAAUAUCAAUGCUGCUAUGAAACAGUUUUGACAGAAGUUAUGAGAUAUUAUUGACGUCGCGUGGAAACACGACGUCAUUUUGGAAGAGGUUUUUAAUGUUGUACCAUGGAGAAUUACGUGAUCAAAUUGGACCAGCCAUCAUAAUUAUUGUAUAUCAAAACUAUAAAAAAAUAUGUUUGAUAAAAAACCUUUGGAAACAUUUAUUAUGGGUUUUUAAUAACGUGUCCCGAAACUCAUAGGUUACGGUUUUUAACUGUGUCAAUACUUUAUUAUCAUAAAAAGUAUGUAACAGAAUUGACCAGCACCCUGAUUUGUUGACGUCAUAUGAUUAAAAGUCAAGUUCUUGAUGACCUUGGGCUAAAUAUCUGGUUUCGUUAAAUAACUGAAGAAUGCUUAUAUCCAGGUACCUCGAACUUGGUAUGCUUUGGGAAAUGCAUCUCAUUUCUUUAGUCAAGAUUCAAAAGCAUUCGCGGCAUCUUUAAUGCUUUGAAUGAAAUAAGUCUUGUUUUCAAAUUAAAUAUUGGCCUGAAACUUCGUCUGGCAAAAUGAAAAUAUCUCUUUACGCAUAACCGCUGAAAAGCAAUGUAAAUUAGAUGAUCUUGUCUGAGAAUAGUUUGAUCGAUGCAAAAACGCUGACAGGAGAGUCUAUUUAUGUCGUUAAACGUUCUGUUAAACACAUAAGGGACAAAGGGACCAGCUUAUCAAUGGAUGAAUCGUUCCAUCGCUUUUUCGCAUUGAUAUUUCUGAACAGUUAUAAUACCAUUUUUUAAAAUUUAUACCCGUUAAUAUAAGUAAGUUAAGGCAAAGUUCAUAUUAUUUUUCAAGUAAUAUUUCAAUUGCAUUUGUGACACUUACUUCGUAUUGACAAGAAUUCCUGAUCGUACGAUAUUGUGUCGAACGCUCGUUGAUCAGAUGGUGCAAUUACAUAUCACUGGAUAGAACAUGGGCACUUUCAUAUUUUCACUGUAUCUUAAUGACCUAGAAGAAGAGUUGUUUCUGAAUGUAGCCAAAUGCAUUGAUCUUAAUACUGCUGAACUCUUUUUUAUUGAUGUAUGCAAAUGACAUUGUAAUUUUUGCAAAGACUAGUGUAGAGAUCCAAAGUAAUCUAGACAUUUUAGAAGCUUAAAUAAAGAAAGGACUAAAAUUGUUGUUUUCAGAAAAGACGAUUGAUUAGCGAAAAAUAUUCAUGUUCAAUAUGGUGAUCCAGGAACUGAAAUUGUACCAAAAUAUUGUUAUUUGGGAAUUGUACUGAAUGUUUGAAAAUAUUGUCAGGACAGGCAUAUAAGGCAAUUUUCAAAUGAAGAAAUAUCUUCAAAGCGUUGUUAACAUAUCCACUGAACAUGUUUUAGAUUCAUUUGAUAAAUUAGUUAAGCCUUUUUCAUUUUAUGGAUGUGAAGUUUGGGGUUUUCCCGUACAAACAAAAUAGAAAGAAUACAUACUAUGUUUUGUAAGAAUUAACUUGGUGUUAAAACUUCUACACAAAAUGAUUUUAUUUAUGGAGAGCUAGGCAUAAUUUAUUUUUAUUCGAUGAGAUUAACAGCUGUUUUAAAAUAUAGCUUUAAGAUAUUACACUGUAGUGAACGAAAAUACAUAAGUAUUAUAUAUACAACAUGUUAUUUGAAAUUGAAAAUAACCCUAAGAAAAACAAACAGGUGGUUAUAGGUGAAAAGUAUGUUAUGCAAUUCAGGGUUUCAGGACUUUUGGUUAGCACAAGAUGUUUGUAGCAAAAAUAUAUUCCUUAGCAUAUUUAAGCGUCGAGUGAAGGAUACUUUUAUUUAAAAUUGGUACAGCAGAUUAGAAACUCAACUAGAGGAACUUUUAAUGAAGUAUUUGCAAAUUAAUAAAUGCAAUAAUAUUUUAACCAAGUCAACAUUCAGAAAUAUAGAAUAUAACUUACAAAGUUACGUUUGUCUUCACACCGGCUCGAUAUUGUGACUGGUCGAUGGAGAAAUGUACCAACAUAAGAACGGUUAUGUACAGCAUGGUAUAAGUUAGAAGACGAAUACCAUUUGUUAUUUUAAUACAUAUUGUAUAAUGGUAUACGAGGUAAUAUAUCAAGAUAUACUAUAGAGAAAGAUGAAGUAAGUUCAAAACUGUUCAUUUGUUUAAAUUUGAUAAUGCAACUGUUGUGAAGAAAUUUAUCUUUAAUGAUUUUGAAAUAAGAAAGACACAAAUCCAAAUUCAGGCUAAUUAAGGGAGACUUAAAUUGCUUUCAUGCUGGUCAACCAAAAUAUAUAACCAGUUUCAUAAACAUGUUUAUUCACUAAUAGGUAAUUAAACUGAUAUCAUUAUCGUAUUGGUACACCGAAUUAAGAUGAAGUUGUUGUCUUAUGAUAUGUAUAUUUGUUUACUCAUUUAUUUGUUCGCCAAAGAUUUUACUUACGAGCAUAUAGUCCAUAUAACUUUGAUCAUGGGCCAUUUGUUCUUAAUCAAAUAUGUAUGUACACGCGUAGGUUAUACACAUCAUAGAUAUACAGAAGAGAAAGAUUUCAUAAUUUUUAUACUUAGAAAAUAAUAUUGAAUUACAGAGAUACAGUUGUUAACAUUGUGAUAUAAAUGAAUCUAUUUAUAAAUUAGCUCCACCAUACAUGUAUAUAUAAGCCAUUGUAUUAUAAUAAUUUGAUCAAGUGUCAUAUUGGCCUAUUUCAAAUAUGUAUUGUGUUGUUUAGUUCUUUUGUAUAA